AUGAAGGUGAAGUAUAUGCUGCGCAGUAGUCGGACUGUUGCGACGUAUACAGAUGGUUCGUCUAAAGUUGAGCUCACAUCUGACGCAGUGACUAGAUUGAUCGGUCAGAAGAAGUACGACACACUCUUCACUGCUUUAUGUUCCAUCAUAAAUCCAGAAUUAAGAGUGGAAGCAAUAUUGUCAUUAUUAACUUCAGUGAACCAAGUGUCUGUGGAAACUCAAUCUUAUUUAUCGUACAGUACGCAAAUAAAGAAGCAAAAAGUUUUAAAAAGUAAAAUUAAAAGAAAAACUGUGACCACAUACCCUGUCCCUGACUAUAUAGCAGCCGAGGGUGAAUUAAAAAAGGUUGUGAUAGAUCCUAAAAAUGUCAAAUUAAUAGAACCUGAAAAUAUUAAAAGGGAAAUCAGUGAAUGUGUCUCGAAUGAAUCAAUUGGUCAACUACGAGACAUUAGUGACCUAUUAGAUGAUAGUAGUAAUAUAUCAGGAGCAAGUUUUGGUUCCCUCUCUAUUGGAUCCCUUUCAAAUAUUUCUUUAAGUAAAUUAAACAUUGAUAUUUUCACCGACCCCAAACCUAAUAAUAAUGAACACGCAGAAGGAACCAUAUCAAAUGAAAAAACAAGCAUAACAAUGCUUGAUGGAAGUAUUAUUAAUAUAAAGGGUAAUCCUGAUAUCUUCCAUAUAGCUUCUUCUGAAAUUUUAAAAGAUCUAUCUCCUGAAGAGCGGAAGAAAAUAAUAUGUCAUCAAGCCUAUAUUGAUUGGAUAUUCUGUGUUCAAAGGGAUGAUGAUGGAUACUUACCACUUCAUCGGGCGGUUUUAAAUAAAGAUAUAGAGUUACUGAAGAGGCAGUGUGCGAUGCUGAAGACCAGGAAUGUAUGUAUCGAUGCCGUCGCUGAUGGGAAUAUGACUGCCCUUCAAAUGGGAAUUCAGAUGAACUUGGGAUUUGAUGGUGUAUCGAUUUUACUAGAACAUGGUGCUGAUCCCAUGGUAUUGGAUGAGAAAUCGAGGAAUUGCUUCCAUCUUGCUGCAGAAGUUUCAUCGGAAAAUGUUCAAGCGUUGAUCGAGUAUUGUACUAAGAAUGCUAGACAAAUUCUCAAAGAAGAUGAUUCUUAUACAUUUGAAAUGGAGAAGAAAUCUGAUGAAGAACUCGCGAGUCAAUUACUUAAUACUAUAUUAAGCUCAUAUGAUACUCAAGGAUACACUCCACUAAUGAUCGCAAGUAAGCAAGGGAAAUACGAAAAUGCAAAGCUUUUAAUAAAGGCUGGACCCAAAACGGUGGACAUCAAGAUGCCCACUAGUGGGGAUACGGCUUUGUAUCUGGCGGUUACAUCUGCUUGUAUUCAAUCGAGGGAUUCGAAUAACAGAACUAAAGUGGCGCCGGAGUUCAUAGAAACUGUCAAAGUGUUAGUACAAAAUGGCGCACAUCCAUCCACAGAGAAUUUAGCCGGAAAUUCCGUUAAUUCUCUAUUAUCAGAGAACUAUAUAAAAGAUUUGUCUUUGGCCAUCGCUUAUGAGUACAUUUCCAUAAAUAGCAUAGAUUUGACAGAACAAAAGAAACUUGGUGAUUUUAUUCUACUCAAAACAGAAAAUGGCGACAUAAAAGUGGAGAAAUUAAGGAAUGAUAAAGAAGAAAGUAUAAGCGAAGUGCCUAAUAUUAAAAAAGUAAUAAAGAAACAGAAUGAGAAUGAAUCGAAAGCAUCGUCGUCUAAACAAAUUGUAUCUAAAACAGUAGAUGAAGUAAAACCUUUAAAAGUUAUGACGAAACCUUCUAUGGUGAUAUUAAAAAAACCAAUAAAAUUAAGUGUCAAUAAGGGGUCGUUACCAAUAAUAUUAUCUAAAACGCAAAUAAAAAGAAUUCCCAAUGUUCCAACAAAAAGGGAGUCCGAAGAUAAAUCUGAAGAUGGCGUUAAUAAGAAAUGUAAGAAU